GGGUUUUGAUGUUAUCUUUCAUACAAUGUAUUAAAACUUAACAAGGUCAAUCCACCAAUACCCAGAAAAACGGUGUCAGAUUUCAAUUUAUUGAUUCCAUUCCCGUGGGAACGGUCUUGAGGAUGUCGUCACCCAACAUUUAUCAACCUCUGAACCUUUGCCUCAAAGAUGGGAUCGGGUACGAAAUGAGAACAACGCAGGAAAACACCGCAUCUUCGAUGGCCGGGGGCAAGGAACUCUGUUCUCGUGAGAACGAGUCCCCAGUUGCCGCGGAUCUAGGAUUUCUUCUGGACUCAGCCGAGACGCAAAUAUUAGUCCGGGAACUGAUGAGCGAUGCCAGCCUCCUGGCUCAGGUUAACGGGCUGAUGAGCGAAGCGGACGGCAGGGAAGUCAGCACAGAUUCACCCAAGUCACCUGAGGCGGUCUCCCCCUCCGACGGCUCCUCUCCCGUGCCGAGCCUACGGGAGUCUGGCUCCGAAUACCCAAGGCAGCAACCAGGAUCGCCGAUGGAGGCUCACGCGCCGUUCACGCCCACCGUGGUGUCGGUCACGAUGCGGCAGGACGCCUCGCAUGUUCACCCGCCGACAGGCCCAGCGCAGACUCCACUAAACCAUUCCCAGCAUGACGUGCAAGGCGGACACCCUUAUGCACCUAGUGUGCAUCAAACGCCCCCACAGCCUUACCAGUGCCAGCCCCCGCUCCCAACAAAGAGGGGUUUCCUUGGCAACAAGCGCAAGCCCAAGACAAACUUUACCAGCGAGCAGCUGGAACUGUUGGAGAUGACUUUCGCUCACAGCCACUACCCAAGCUCUGUCCUUCGGAAUCAGUUGUCCUACGUCAGCAGACUCCCCCUGAAAGCAAUACAGACCUGGUUCCAAAACCGCCGAGUCCGCUUCAAGAGGAAGUGUGGAAAAAGCACCAAGCAGAGCAGACAGUCUUCGUCCUCAGACUCAGGAUUUUCAGAGAGUUCUUGCUUCAGUCGUCCCGUUACAGCUCGCCCAUCCCCCAACUAUGUGCUGGUGUUCCCUCAAACGAAGGCGGAGUCAAGUCAGCAAGCUGGUCAGUUCCCAAGGGAUGGGCACCAGCAGAGCUCUCCACCCAACUACCAAGGGGUAGACUGUGGCUACAGAUUUCAUUCCCAGUUUGCAGGCAGGCCUUUUCCAGACCAGACAGCUCCUUCAAGAGACUGGUACCAAAGGCAGCAACCGAUGGGUGUUCUUCCAAGCAGAUGGGGUGCAGUCUCGCCCUGGCCCUUGACAAAUGCCGGAAGCCUUGACCAUCCCAGGCCUUCAAAUGACAAUCUUCCAAUGAGAGGGGGUCAGCAACACUGGGCGUCUCCCAUGGCGGUGAAACCCUCUCAUCACAACUGGGAAACAAUCUCGCCAAAGCUGCCAGAGCUGUCAAUGAUGUCCAACAGGCAGCAUCUGGUAGAGCAGCCCGUGACAGCCUCUCCUCGCCAGCCUCCAGAGGGCGCCAUGCUACCCCAGGACCAACCCUCCCAUAACCUCAACUUUCACCAACCAUCAACUUCCUCCUGGAUGAUGCAGAACCAGUUCAGCUUCCAGUGUGCUUCCCCCAAACAGCAGAUCUCUGAUUUGAACUGGAUGCAUCCACAGAACACUCCUUACCCACAGGAAAUUCAGAGAUUUGCAGCCCCAAACGCCACUCCCCAAGUUGGGUUCUCUGCUGCUUUCCCUCAGCAGGAACUUCAGUCCGACAACAUCAGAAACUUUCAAGACAACCACAGCUGUCCAAUGCCCAAGUCAGCCCCCCAACCUGGCUACAGCGACAACUACCCAACAAAGACAUUGCUCUCCCGUCACUAUUCAGACUCGUAUCCACACCAUCAGGUCAACCUUCCAAGCUUUCCAAGCUUUCCAAGCACUCACUCUUGGACCUCCAACCAGAGCUACUCUGAGUGUCCAACUUCCUUAGACAACCCUCCCUGCUCAUCUCCUGAUGAGGAACCCGUAACUCCGCCAACUGACAUCUCCGUCACCCAGGGCGCAAGCACACUAAACGACACGACACCCGCAAUGCAGUGCCAGUUUCUCCCUCCUGCGACACCGCCUUUCACCCCAGGUGUUGCCGUUGCCUUGUACGGCGACUCCCAACCUUGUGGUCAGUUCCCCACCCAGCCUCUGGCUACUCCUAGAGAGCUUUUUCGUGCCUGUGACAACCCACUGAUGCCUCCUACAGAUGAGCCGUUAGAAUCUCCAUCCACACCUCUGUCAGCUUGCAGCUUUGCUUCCUGCAAGACUCUCUACAUUGACCUUGACGCUGAGAUUGAUUAGCCUGAACUCAGCACCCCAAGCUCAAACAAGAAACUCUUUACCAAGCGGACUUGCCACAUCUCUGUUUAGCCUCUCACUUUGGCUGCAGACUUAAGGUUCUUAAUUUCAGGUCCCGUACAUAAGAAAACAUAGACCAAGUACCGAGUCCAUAUUUGCUACUUAAAACUGAAUCAUGAUGAUGUAAGCCAAAAAAAAAAAGUCUCCGGUUUCUGGUAUGGAGCUUGCCCAAAAAGUGGUGCGGCGAGCCGG